AUGACUUCCAUCAUUGUUCCUUCCCUCGGGAAGAAGGAAGCGAUUUUUCCGGAUGUUCUUUGUCCGCUUCAUAACAUGCCCUCCUGCAAGAUCCUCGGGUCAAGCGGGAGAGGAAACAAAAACCUGUCCCAAAGGGUACUGUACCACACACGGGAGACUCGGCUUCAUGCUCAUGCGACGGUAUCGGUUGUCUUUUUGAAGGUUGUGUGGGCCUUUGUGGGUUCGAGGGAUACGUUCAACGGUUGUCGUCUGCUCCCAGACAUUCCUCAACUCCUAUUUGCGCCUGCAUUUGAUGCUCGCCCUCUUGUCUCUCAAUUGAUCGCAAUUGUUCUGGUCGGAGAAACGUACGGUUUCUAUCAUUCGAACGCUUUGACUUAUCAGCCCAUUUCCAGUCGGCAUGGGGGCGAUGUCCUUGGUCGGUUCUAA